AUGAGCGGCAAUGGCACAGUUGACCCGGGCGAGCGCACUGCUCUGCUCAGUGAAUCUCGUUCUCAUUCCUUCCAAGCCCUUUCUCCUCAUGAACAGACGGAGCAUGGACAUCAUCAUCACCACCCCAAGGACAAUCGAGUCUGGGUGCGAUGGCCUAUGCAUGUCGUGCGUCUCGCGUGGUUGACGCUGAUUCGUGACUAUGUCAAUGUACUCCUCAUCUUUGUUCCGCUAGGUAUUAUCGCCGGUGCCCUGGGCUGGGACUCUACCGCUAUUUUCGUGUUGAACUUCUUCGCCAUUAUCCCGCUAGCGUCCAUGCUGAGCUUCGCUACCGAGGAGUUGGCCGCCACCAUGGGUCAGGCUCUCGGUGGCUUGAUGAACGCGACUUUCGGCAAUGCAGUCGAGCUGAUUGUCAGUGUCAUUGCGCUAAAGGAUAAGCAGAUCCGCGUCGUCCAGGCCAGUAUGCUGGGUAGCAUUCUUUCCAACAUCCUCUUGGUUCUGGGCUGCUGCUUCUUCGUCGGCGGUCUCCGCUUCUCAGAGCAGUCGUUCAACAGCACCGUGGCUUCAACCAUGUCCUCCUUAAUGGCGGUCGCAUCCGCAUCCCUGAUUAUCCCCGCGACUCUCUACGCUGCCCUUUCCACUUCCAAGCAGGACUCCCAAGCCAAUAUCCUCGUGUUGUCCCACGGUACCGCCAUCAUUCUGCUCGUCCUCUACGUGAUGUACCUCUACUUCCAAUUGCGCUCCCACGCCCAGCUGUUCGAGGAGAGCAAUGGCAGCGAUUCUGAGACUGCUGGCGGCGCCGAGGAGGAAGCGGAAGCGGAAGAGCGCAUCCUUAGCCCCUGGGCAGCCACCGUCGCGCUGAUUGUCGUCACCAUUCUCGUGGCCAUCUGCGCCGAUUACCUCGUGGGCAGCAUUGACAGUAUCGUGCAGAAGACAGGCAUGAGCAAGACGUUCAUUGGUCUGGUGCUGAUCCCGAUCGUCGGCAAUGCCGCCGAGCAUGUCACAGCCGUCGUGGUGGCUUACAAGGAUAAGAUGGACCUUGCGAUCGGGGUUGCGAUCGGCAGCAGCUUGCAGAUUGCUCUCUUCGUCACCCCCUUCCUGGUGAUCCUAGGCUGGAUCAUGAAUAUCGAGAUGACCCUGCACUUCCAGACCUUCGAGACCGUCGCCUUCUUUAUUUCCGGAUUGGUUGUCACCCUGUUGAUCCAGGAUGGCAAGUCGAAUUACCUGGAGGGUGGCAUGUGUCUCGGAAUGUACAUGAUCCUGGCCCUUGCGUUCUACGUCUACCCCGAUGAUGCCGGCGAUGGUGUCGGUAUUUUGAGCAAGCUUGUCAACUGA